UUGUUAGAAAAAGUGCCACGUCUUCCUGGGAGUGUGUCGGUUGGGGGAGUCCUGAACUUGCUUGGCCUAAGCUGUCUCCGCUUUUGGCACAUUUUUAACUCUAUGAAGUCGGGUGCCUUUCCUCUGCUUUGGUAACAUGAGGUUUUUCCUGUGGAACGCUAUCUUGGCACUGUGGGUCACGGUUUUGAGUGGAGCUCUGAUUCCUGAGCCAGAAGUGAAAAUCGAAGUUCUCCAGAAGCCAUUCAUCUGCCAUCGCAAGACCAAGGGAGGGGAUCUGAUGUUGGUCCACUACGAAGGCUAUUUAGAAAAGGAUGGCUCCCUGUUUCAUUCCACCAACGGUAAAAUCCCCCCAGAGAGCACACUGAUAUUCAACAUUGACCUCCUGGAAAUUCGAAAUGGCCCAAGGUCCCACGAGUCGUUUCAAGAAAUGGACCUCAAUGACGACUGGAGACUCUCUAAGCAAGAGGUUAAAGUGUAUUUACAGAAGGAGUUUGAGAAGCAUGGUGCCGUGGUGAAUGAAAGCCAUCACGAUGCUUUGGUGGAAGAUAUUUUUGAUAAAGAAGAUGAAGACAAAGAUGGAUUUAUAUCUGCCAGAGAAUUUACAUAUGUGCAUGACGAACUGUAGGGACGCGCCUGCCAUUUUAUACACGUUCAUUUCUAAUGGAAAGGCAGCACCUUUGAACAAAGCUUUUCUCUUUGCCUUUCUUGUUUUUAGUUUUAUAUUCUUUUUCUAUUAUUUAAAGAACCUCAGAGACUUUGUAAAUAUCGGAUCUUUCUGGUGAGUUAUUGGGCAGGAACGGUUGUCUUUGAGUAGAGGACUCCCAGGCCGCUUCUGAGCUCACACGGGAGCUGGCUUUGCUUCCUUGCUUCUUUCUAAUGGUAGCAUGGCAACUGGAAACACACCCCAGCACACACACAAGGUGUAGCACGGACCAGAGUCCUGUACUUCUCCCUCCCUCUGUCUUCUCAAAGUCCAGUUACUGGCAUAUUUGAAAGCUUUUGUACUAGUUCAAGGCUUGCUAUUUUCAUGUUAUAGUGGUUUUUUUCUUUACCUGCUUUUGAGUCCCUGCUUUUGGGCAGGAGGAAUAUGGUGGACCUUAUUCCUUAACAGCUCUGGCCUUACUGUGGAGAUAUAUAAUGUUGAUAAAUGAGGGAGGUAGCAACUCAUGAAUAGGUGGUCAGAGACGUCCUAGUGGCUAAUAAACCAUUACAAUAAGUCAGACAAAUAAUAUAUUUGUUUCCUCGUAAUCAACACACCAAAAUAUGGCAGGCAUGGCAGAGAGUUGUAUUGAUAAUCAAUAUUUACUUUUUAGGCUACCAAGUUAGCCUUCUGGUUCUUAAAUAAAUAAAGUUUACAGCUAGUAUAUUACUUUGCAACAGCUUUGAAUCCUGGGAGAAAUUAGUAUGUCAAUGAAACUUCCCCAUUUCUGAGUCAUGAAAAAUAAGGCUAACCAAUAACAGCUACUAUUAAUACCGGGGUUUGAACACUGAUGUUUAUCAUUUUAUCUCACAUUGGCUUCCAAAAAUGACUACUACUUCUGUGUUUUAGAUUGUUUUUAAUCAAAUUGGCUUUUAUCUUAAAACAAACUUCCCAGAUCUCCAUUUGUUAGGAAUAGCUCCUCAUAGUUUACAUGUGCACGAUUGCCUGACUAGGGGUGUCUGACACCCCUGGGAAGCUGCUGGGUCUUGGGGUACUUCUUUAUAGGUGAGAAGCUCUGUUCAGAGAUUGGCUGGUGAGCCCAGCCUUGGUGCCUAAGCUGUAGAUGCACCUUCAGUCCCUGAGUUCAGCCUUCCACUUCUCUGCUAAUGAAGAUGCAGCAAGUUUGUAUCUCUCUCUUGGUCCUCAUUUCCCUUAGCAUCUUCACCUCUGGGGAUAAUUCCUGCCAGUUCCCGGCUGAUCACAGCUUCCCUUAGGAUCCAGGAAGGUCUGUGUUUCUGAGAAUAGUCUUGCUUUGUGUGUCACCCUCCCAGUAACCCAGUGAGAGGCGUUAGGUGUAUGUCUUAUGGCAUCUAAGUUCACCUUUCCUGUCACUUCCUGUUGUUUGUAGACACUGUAUUGCAACAGUAAUUCUGCAUUGACAUUGUUAUUGGCUAGAAUUACUCAAGGGCUUGUUCUUGAAGAUGUCGGGGGUAACUGUAACUGUUGCCAUCGGCAUUUUUCUGGGGAGGUUGUGAGAAGGCCUGUGAGUGUCGUGGACCAGUGGUGUGUCUUGAAGGCUGCUUUGUUCCAAGCUGCCACCACCAUCUGUGCUGGAGCAGUGAAGAAGAAAGAAUCUUGACCGCUCAAUUACAUGGAUUUUUAUCAGAUCUCAGCCAAACUUUCAAACAAAAGUAUGAAAGAAAGGCAUACCUGGAGAUAAUGGUUGUUAAAGCCAUCUGCCAUUGUGUAUAGCAAUGCCUUUGCACCCUCCCGUUAGUGCGAAUAAUCAAAUACCAAAUGUGACUUCACAUGUAUAUACUUUGACUCCUGGCUGCUCUCUGUGUAAUAUUUAAAUUUCUAUGUCUAUUGUGACACUCUUUUUGAA